UGAAAAGUCGUCAAUGAGAUGGUGGCUGAGUAGCAAAUUUUUAUAGAAAUUUCAGAUUAGUUUUCUAUUCACAUUUUACUUCUAAUAGAGUUGAUCUUACAACAUUUUGUGAUAAUAAUUUUGUGAGGUAUAAUUAUUGUGUUAAAUACUGCGAACAGAAUGCUCGUUGAACAGAUAGACGCUUUUAAAAGCUGGCUGACAGCUGUUCUUAAACCUAUGUGUGAAGCGGAUCCAGCAGCUCUAGCUAAAUAUGUUUUGGCAUUAAUAAAAAAAGAUAAAUCAGAAGCUGAACUUCGUAAAAGUAUGAUAGGACAACUUGAAGUUUUCUUGGAAGGGGAAACCGAGGGCUUUGUUAAUUUGGUUUUUCAGACCUUAACUACAAAAGAUUAUAUUACAACACCAGUUAUACCCAGUGCAAAUCCACCAAAUCCUAACAUUACUGCAAAAACAAAAGAGGGAAAAGAAGCCAAAGUGAUUGUACAACCUAGUGAGUUACCUAAUUUAAAUGAAGUUGUAAAUGGUGGUUCAGCUGAUAAGAGAACAGAAGUAAGAAAACCUGACAUUAAAAAUCGAAGAAAUUCAGAAAAUGGAGAAAGAGAAGAGAGACCCAGAAGACGUUCUAGACAUCGCUCUAUAUCUAGAAAUCGCACCAAGUCUAGAUCGAGGUCUUGGGAUAGAGUGAAAAGGUCUAGAUCAAGAGAAAAAUCGAGGGACCGAGGGGAAAGGGACCAGCAUCGACUAGAUAGAGACAAGAGAGAUAGGCUCGAUAGGGAUAGACUUCGAACAUGGAGAAAUAAGUCCCCAUCGAGAAGGUAUGAAAGGCGACGUUCGAGAUCUCCACGUAGCCCUACUCCACCACGGCUAAGAUCUCGGUCUCGUAGUCCAAGGCACUCCCAUAGGACAAGAUAUAGAUCUAGUAGGAGUCGAUCUAGGUCUUUAGAAAAGAGAGAGAGAAGAGAUUCCAAAGAUUUAAAAAUUCACUCUAGGCCUGGCACUCCUACGCAAGAUUCUAACCAUGGUGAUGAUGUACCCAUUUCCAACAGUAAUCAGACAUUAAACAGUGUUGUUGUUCAACCUAAUAAUAAACGGAGAUGCAGAGACUUUGACGAAAAAGGUUAUUGUAUGAAAGGUGAAAUGUGUCCUUUUGAUCAUGGCGUUGAUCCUGUGGUAUUAGAAGAUUCAACACUAACUCGAGUUUUAUCUUAUAAUCCCAAUGGUGAUGUGGCUGGAGCUUUAGGAUCUGGGCCGGCCAUAGCAGGCGCCUCUGUGCCGCCAGGUGUCCCAACUGCCAUGAGGCAUCCUGGGGUGGAUAACCCUUACAACCCUCAAGCUCCCCAAAUGUGGGCCGGAGGAAGAUUUAGAGGUCCUCGUCCUAUGGGAGCAGUUAGAAUUCCCGGUAUUAAUACUUUUGGACAGCCACCAUCCUCUCUAGGGAUGCAGAGGGAGUUAAUUUCAGUGCCUGUUGUGAUGGAUAGUUCUAAGCCUCCUGGUGUUGGCCCACCAGGAGGUUAUGGUCCUUUGCCAAACGCGUCGUAUGGGCAUCCUGGCGCUGCCCCACCUCAGAACUACGGCCCUGGUGGAAUACCAGUAACUCAUCCAGGAUUAGAAGGAGCCACUCUGCAUCCUGGCAUGUACAAAAAGAAGUUUGAUUUUAAUAGACUCGGCCCCAGAAAAAAUCCUUCAAAUUGUAGCUUAGAAUUGAAGAAAGUUCCAGUAGGAAUUAAUUCUAUAACUCACCUUAACAACCACUUUGCAAAAUUUGGAAAAAUUGUUAACAUACAGGUUCAGUUUGAGGGUGAUCCUGAAGCAGCCCUCAUAACAUUUUCAUCCCAUGCCGAGGCAAAUUCCGCGUAUAGAAGUACAGAAGCGGUUUUGAAUAACAGAUUCAUCAAACUGUUUUGGCACGAUAGUGAUGGGAGUAAACAAGAGAAUAUGCCUCCAGUCCCGCCGAAAUCAGUUAAGGACAGAUUAGGUGGCAAUGUGCCACCCAACAGUAACAAAGUGUUGAAUUUGGUUCAACCAAAAGCAGGAGAGACAGAUGUCGACGUUAAAACUGAAAUAAAAGAGGAAAAGCCCGAGUUGAGUAAGGAGGAUAGCAAAGCACAAGCUGCUGCAGCAAUUAAGAAAAAUCAGGACUUGCUGGCGGUUCAAGCAAAAGUAAAUAAAAAUAAGGACGAACAGCGGAAGGAAGUCCUAAAAAUUCAGAGCGACUUGAGGAAGAGGAAGCAGGAAUUACUUGAUAAACAACUUUCACAACAAAAGAUUUUAAUUGAGAAGAUGGAGAAACUGCCGCCUGGUCCUCAGAGGGAUGUGCUUAUGGAGACCAUUAAAAAGACGCAGGAGUCGAUUGAAAACAUUAAAAAGGAUUUGGAAAGCGGUGCUUUAGCGGCAAAAACCAACUCUUUUACAAAAUCCCAAAAGGACACUCAGAAGGAAUUGUUGGAUACAGAACUUGAUCUGAUUGCCAAGCAGCAAGAAGGCGCAGAUACUACUGAAAUACAGAUAAAAUUGGCCGAGCUUAACGCCAGAGCCAAAGCCAUGGCAAGAGGCAGAGGAAGGGGCAGAAGCAGAUAUACUCCAAUCGUUAACAGACGAUUGUUAACCAAGAACAAUUUGUUGGAUAACAAGCUCAAAGGCAAUAUUAAAACUGUGAACAAAAUUGUGAAUAACGUGACGUCAAGCCCCGCGUCACUGCCCGCCACAGCCUCCCAAGCCGUAACAUCUUUUCAGAAACAUACUGUCGACCAUAGACCUACGAGAUUAUUAAUUUCUGGUUAUGAGAUGGAGGAGCAAGACAGCGUUCUUAACCAUUUUCAGCAAUUUGGUGAAAUAGUUGAUUAUGCAAUCGAUACGUCCCUACCAAGCAUAACUGUAAAUUAUAAGACCAGAAAGGAUGCAGAAAUCGCUCUGAUUAAAGGAAAACAUUUUCAGGAUCGUACCUUAUCAAUCACUUGGCAAAGUGGAAAUUCUCAUCGUUUACAAACUCAGAGAAGUGGGGAUUCAUCAACAAGAACUGUAAUGCUGUCUGAAUCAGAAGAGGAUCAACUCAUUGAUCAAAACCUUUUGGAUGGAGAUGAAGAAUUGCUUCCGGAGACUGAAGAAGCUCUACUACAAGAUGACGAAGAAGAGGACGAGGAAGAUCGUUCCUGGAGGCGAUAGUUGGAAGUGAAGUGUAUUGAUUGUGUUUAUAAUGUGACUUUUCUUUAGAACUGAUUGUUAGAAUCACUUUCAAUUUAUUUCUUGUGCACUAAGCGUCUUAAGUUCUGUUUUAACCACAAGUUUUUAACAUUUACUUGAGAUGAGGCUAGAAGUGCCGGUUUUCGGCAUUUUAGGCCGUCGUCGGUUGGAAUUUAUUCCUAACGUUUCUCUAGCACAAGUGGCUGGCAUCUUCAGAGGUGCGCCCACUGCUAGCACCGGGCAAAUUUGAAAGCAUAUAAAAGAAAAUAAGUAGAAAAGAAGAUGCUAGUCAUUUGUUCUUAAGACGUACCGUGAAGUGGGGUGACUUUGCCCAAUUCUGAAUUUUAAAUCGUGUUUAUUUCAAAAAUUGUUGUAUUUUCUCAAAUGCGCAUGGUCUAUGCUAUAAGUGGUAAUAAGGACAACACAACAAUAAUACGCUUUUUUGUUUAUUAAACAAAUAUACAUAGGGUGUUUCAAAACAAAUGCGAAAAACU